CGCUCGAGGGCUGCAAGGGGCCUCUUGGGGCCUCUGGGGGCCCUCUUUUGGGGCCCGCUGGUGGUCUGAGGGGCUCUCUGAGGCAGUCUUGAAGCCCGCGAUUUUUAACCGAAUCAUGCCAGUCUUCACUGCCCUGCGAGGUCCAAGUCGCGGACAAAAAGCAGUGCAGUGCAGUGCAGGGUUCUGCGGGAGUCGAGCUGUACCCUGCAGAUGAGGACGCGCAAAGCGGACAGAGACUGAACUCUCGCGAGUAGGUCUUGCCGCAAGCGGGCCCCCGAGCAUUGAAUCAAACACCGUAGGUGGGUGGCAGUGAACGGAGUGAAGGGGGAGAAAUGGAGCACGAGGAGGAGGAGGACGCUGCCGACGACUAUCAAAGUUUGCCGCUGAAUUGACGGCGGCACUGAACCAUAAAUUACACUAAUAAUAUUUUACCAGCCUGCAGGAUUCACGUGCGCCAAACGCGCGCAAAGCGAAAACCAGACCUGUUCUGCGCCCACGUCUGCGGGACGUGCGCCAACCCGCUGCUGCAGCCGUCGCUGCUUCGGGAAUCUUCUAGGAUCUUCGGGGAUCUUCUGAUCCGGGUCGAUCCAGACCCGGGUCAGCAGGAAACCAAAAACUGCAAUGCAAAAACAAAAAAAACUGCAACGCAGGUAUUCGCAAACCCGGGUCAGCCAAUACGCGCGGCCGCCUCGCGGCCACGAGCGGCUCGCUAACCCGGGUCAGCCAGAGGGGGUCUUCGCCGAAUCCUGCAGAAUCUGGCGCUCUGGCUGACCCCCGUUUGCACUGACCCCCGUCUCUUAGGCCCCGACUACUGGCGCGUGAGCGCAAGCUCCGGCCACAUGCCGCCGACUAAAUGACGGCGGCGCCGAUGCCUGCACAGACAGAGCUACACAGGCCACACCACGACAGGGCCUGCCCCCAUGGCCAGGCCAGGAGAUUAUGCCCACGACGUGUCGGCGAAAGGGCCGCCCGAGGAGCCAGAGUCACGGAGCUCAGAGCCUGAACUCCCCUGCCGCUGAAUUGACGGUGACAUUUAAACAUGAACUGGCAAUUGCACCAAACAUAUUUUACCAGCCUGCAGGAUUCACGUGCGCCACCCGCGCGCCAAGCGAAAACCAGACCUGUACAGAGCCCAUGCCUGCGGGACGUGCGCUAACUCGCUGCUACAGCCGUCGCUGCUUGACUCUGCAUUGCGCCUACUCGCGUGUGAGCUUACGCCCCGCGGACUCCCCGCCCACGAGGGGCAGAUUGGCGAAGGGCUGUCUGCAGAGGUUCUUGAAAACCAGCCCGCAGAGGCGGCGCUCCAGCAUGGUGACGGUGCGGUUCUGCUCGGCGCGCACCAGCCUCCGGACGCGGAUGGUAAUCUGCGCCUGCCGCUGGCGCAUGGCCCGGGUUUCCCAGCUGACGUCGCUGAACUCUGCCAGCAUCAUGUCGGAGGUGCCGUCGACGCGGACCCUCGCCAUCGGGGAAGGGGUACGGUCCUGCCGCUCUCGGCCGCGUGCCAUGCGGUGUCGGCCUUGGUCCUGCACCUCCUCUGACGUACCCGAGCCUUGGUCCUCCGCCUCCUCCUUCUCAUCCACCAGCUCUGCCCCGCUGAUGGCGUGGAUCUCGGGAUCAGCGCCCAUCAAACCCGUGUCGAUGCCCACCCGAGCUGGAGGUUGGAAUUCCUUUCCGCACAUGUUUGUCACUGCCUGGUUCGCCGCCGCAGCCAUGAAGAAACACUUUUGGACGGGGAUACCGUAGGUCUGAGCCCUAAUGGCUUGAGCCAAACCCGCUAAGCGAAAACCAGACCUGUACAGAGCCCAUGCCUACGGGACGUGCGCUAACUCGCUGCUACAGCCGUCGCUGCUUGACUCUGCAUUGCGCCUACUCGCGUGUGAGCUUACGCCCCGCGGACUCCCCGCCCACGAGGGGCAGAUUGGCGAAGGGCUGUCUGCAGAGGUUCUUGAAAACCAGCCCGCAGAGGCGGCGCUCCAGCAUGGUGACGGUGCGGUUCUGCUCGGCGCGCACCAGCCUCCGGACGCGGAUGGUAAUCUGCGCCUGCCGCUGGCGCAUGGCCCGGGUUUCCCAGCUGACGUCGCUGAACUCUGCCAGCAUCAUGUCGGAGGUGCCGUCGACGCGGACCCUCGCCAUCGGGGAAGGGGUACGGUCCUGCCGCUCUCGGCCGCGUGCCAUGCGGUGUCGGCCUUGGUCCUGCACCUCCUCUGACGUACCCGAGCCUUGGUCCUCCGCCUCCUCCUUUUCAUCCACCAGCUCUGCCCCGUUGAUGGCGUGGAUCUCGGGAUCAGCGCCCAUCAAACCCGUGUCGAUGCCCACCCGAGCUGGAGGUUGGAAUUCCUUUCCGCACAUGUUUGUCACUGCCUGGUUCGCCGCCGCAGCCAUGAAGAAACACUUUUGGACGGGGAUACCGUAGGUCUGAGCCCUAAUGGCUUGAGCCAAACCCGCUAAGGAGGCAAUA